AUGAACCCUGAACAGAAAACUGCUACCACAUUAAAUGCCACAUUUGUUCGUCCUGCACAAUUUUAUCUCAGUGGGUUGACCAACAUCCCUCAUGAUAAGUAUUUUUAUGUCUUCCUUUGUUUUGUCUAUAUGAUGACUGUUCUUGGGAAUGGCCUCCUCCUCUCAGUGAUUUACCUGGUCAAGACUCUUCAUACUCCUAGAUACAUGAUUGUGUUCAACCUGGCUUUGACAGAUUUGUGUGGGAGCACUGCUCUCAUCCCAAAGCUCUUGGACACAUUUUUGUUUGACAGGAGAUACAUUGUCUAUGAGGCUUGUUUAAGUUAUAUGUUCUUUGUUUUGUUCUUUGUAAGUAUGGAGUCAUGGACACUUGUGAUUAUGGCAUAUGACAGAUUUAUAGCAAUUUGCUUCCCUUUAAGGUACCAUAGUAUUGUGACUAAACCAGCUAUUGCUGCAAUGCUGCUGUUUGUGUGGGUUUUUUUACUGAGUGUAGUAGCGUGCACGGUUGGGUUUCUUGAUCGUCUCUCCUUCUGUGGAUCUGUGGUGAUACUAAGUUUUUACUGUGAUCAUGGACCAGUAUAUCGUCUGGCAUGUAAUGACGCGUAUUUAAAUUACAUAAUGGCAGUUGUUGGUGCAAGUCUAUCUGUUGUAAUUCCUCUUGUAGUGAUAGCACUGACAUAUAGUUGCAUUGGCAUAGCACUGAGCAGGAUUGCUUCAAGAGAGGAACAUCUCAAAGCUUUGAAAACUUGUACUUCUCACCUGAUUCUUGUGGCUUUUUUCUACUUACCACUCUUGGGAACCAACAUAGCUGCAACGACCUACAUCCAUCCUAAUGCUAGAAUUAUAAACUCUACUUUGUCACAUAUCAUACCACCUUUGCUCAAUCCUAUUAUAUACUCCUUAAAGACAGAAGAAGUGCUGACAUCUGUCAGGAAACUUUAUAAAAUUUCUAGGCUGAGCAGCAUGACUUCAUCCAAAAAGGUGACUUCUUUAUGA